GUUCCAAAAGAGAAAGAUGAAAUGGUGGAACAAGAAUUUAAUCGUCUGCUGGAAGCUACCUCCUACCUCAGUCAUCAGCUGGAUUUUAAUGUUCUCAAUAAUAAGCCUGUCUCCCUAGGUCAGGCUCUGGAGGUUGUCAUACAAUUGCAGGAGAAGCAUGUGAAGGAUGAGCAGAUCGAACACUGGAAAAAGAUUGUGAAAACACAGGAGGAAUUGAAAGAUCUCCUUAACAAGAUGGUAAAUUUAAAAGAGAAGAUUAAAGAACUUCAUCAACAGUAUAAGGAAGCAUCAGAAGUGAAGCCACCUCGGGAUAUUACAGCAGAGUUCCUUGUGAAAAGCAAACACAGAGAUCUGACUGCACUUUGCAAGGAGUAUGAUGAAUUGGCAGAAACACAAGGAAAGCUGGAAGAGAAGUUACAAGAACUUGAAGCCAAUCCACCAAGUGAUGUUUAUCUGUCAUCAAGAGACAGGCAAAUACUCGACUGGCAUUUUGCAAACCUAGAAUUUGCUAAUGCUACACCCCUCUCCACACUUUCACUGAAGCACUGGGACCAGGAUGAUGACUUUGAAUUCACAGGCAGUCACUUGACUGUGAGGAAUGGAUAUUCCUGUGUGCCUGUAGCCUUGGCAGAAGGGUUGGAUAUUAAAUUAAACACAGCAGUUCGACAGGUUCGCUAUACAGCAUCAGGCUGUGAAGUGAUAGCUGUUAAUACCCGAUCUACUAGCCAGACUUUCAUUUAUAAAUGUGAUGCUGUGCUGUGUACUCUUCCCUUGGGAGUACUGAAACAGCAGCCUCCAGCAGUGCAGUUUGUGCCGCCUCUUCCUGAGUGGAAAACUUCUGCAGUGCAGCGUAUGGGAUUUGGCAACCUCAACAAGGUUGUGUUGUGUUUUGAUCGUGUCUUCUGGGAUCCAAGUGUCAAUUUGUUUGGUCAUGUGGGUAGCACUACUGCAAGCAGAGGAGAACUUUUCCUGUUUUGGAACCUGUACAAAGCACCAAUUUUGUUGGCAUUG